UUUUUGACUAUUGGGCAGUAUGAUUUAUUUGUUAGUUACUGUGAUAGGUUUGUUUUCGAAAUGCAAAAAUAUAUUGUUUGCUUUAUAUAGGGUUGCCAACCGUCCUUUAUUUCAAAGGACAAUCGUUUAAUUAAGCUUUUCGGUCCUUGUCCUUUUUAGCAUUUAGAAAAGAUGCUAAUUGUCCUUUAUUCUUUCCUACGUCGUUUGGCCCGACAGUUAUAGUACUGUGUUUGAUAUUGUUCCGUUCUUAAAAAAUUGCCUUCAUUUAUGUAUUUGCAAGCUUUAAUUAUACUUUUUAAUUUCGCUUCGGUUCGGCUCAAAUAGCCAAAGAAAUAACAAUUUUAUUAACAUUGUUUUGGUCAAUGUUAAAUAAAUGAAAAACAUGUGAAGAUUGCUUUAUUAUAUCUUUUUAGCAUGUAUAUAAUUUUUAUUUCAUUGUUUUAUAUUGUUCUUUCCUGCAAGUUACAAAAUAAAUGAUGAAGGUAAUCUAUGUCCUUUAUUGAAACUUUCCAUAGUUGGCAACCCUAGUUUUAUAUUACUGUAUUACAGUACCUACCAUACCGGUACCCGUACCGUACAGCAGUAGUCCAUUAUUACCAUUUCUGCAUUUCAGAAAACUACCGUACUGUAUUCAUGGGUAUAUUUAGCAUUUAAACAGCUGUGCGCUUGAGUAUUUUAAUACCAGUAAUCAUUCAAAUAAAAUCACAUUCCGGAUGAUUGAACCAAAGAAAAUUAUAAUUGUAAGUGGAAAACGAAAAAGUGGGAAAGAUUAUUUCAGUGACUUGCUCUCUUCAAAAAUUGGUUUUGAACAUUGUGAUAUUAUCAGACUGUCAUCUCCAUUGAAAGAACAAUAUGCAAAAAUUCAUAAUCUUGAUUUUACAAGACUAUUGGAUUCAUCAUCAUAUAAAGAAAAAUAUCGAGAUGACAUGAUCAAAUGGGGCGAAAGUGAAAGAAACAAAGAUUCUGAAGUAUUUUGCAGGCUCGCAACACAAAUUGCUUCUAAACCAAUCUGGAUUGUGACUGAUGCUAGAAGACCAUCAGAUAUUGAAUAUUUCCAAAAAUAUUACAGAGAAAAAACUAUUUUAUUAAGAAUUUCAUGUUCUGAUACAACUCGUAUAAAUCGAGGUUGGAAAUUUGUGAGUGGUAUUGAUGAUGCACCAUCUGAAUGUGCACUUGAUGGAAUAGAAUGGGAUUUUGUAGUACAUAAUGAUGACAAUAAUAAUGACACUAAUGUUCAUGCUAUUUCUAACAAGAUUCAAAAAUUAUUACAUGUGCUUUUAUAAUGUGGUAUUUCAAACACUAAUGAUUACACUUUGCUAUUGUUAAAAAAUAACAACAUGACAUUAUGUUCUUAUAGUGGCCAUCAACAAUUGUGUUAUUCCAGGAACAUUCUGUCUUCAUUUAUGCUAACAGAAGGAACAAAUAUUGUUAUAUCCUAAACAAAUUUUAUUUUAUAUAUACAAUCAUACAAGUACUGCCUUUCUAAACUAACCACUUAUCUUAACACACAG